AUUCAUUUCAGCUGAGGUGGAUAGCACAGAUCGCUGCCACGUGAAUGGUCUAUAAUGUUUCCUCGUUUCAGCAUUAACUGUAUUUUACCUGAGAUUUCAAUAAAUACCCAUUUGGUAUUCACAUUGUAUCUCAUCAAGAGCUCAAUUGUGAUCUGUGAUUUUCUGUAUUGCAGAUUUCUGUUUGAUUUUUCUGCCUUUUGUUGGUGAAGAUGUCUUGCUGUGGUGGAAAUUGUGGGUGCGGUGCCAACUGCAGCUGUGGCAGUGGCUGUGGAGGGUGCAAGGCCUUCCCAGAGAGGAUUGUAGAGGGCCCUGUGUUUGCUGCUACUGCUUCUGACAUGGAGUGUUAUGAAGAAAUGAGUGUGGCAGGAGAGAGUGGAUGCAAAUGUGCAGGUGGGUGCAAGUGUGGAGACAACUGCACCUGCAAUCCUUGCAACUGCAAAUGAUGUAUAAAAGUAUAUAAUACACAUUAUAAUAUGUGUGGCAACCUUAUUAUAUGAUAGUUGUAUUAAAUAAGCCUUGCUGUUACACUGAUCACUGUGUGAGGAAGGAUAUUGAAGAGACAGAUGUCCAUUGUAUGUGAUUGAUGAUAAAGUUGCCUUUGUCAUUUUUCUUGUAUGGGAUUACAGGACAUGCAAAUCUGUAUGUGGGUUUUAGAUCAAUGGAAUUAAUGUUGAUUUGUGUUUGAUCUUU